UGCAUUUAUCCAACUUAUGAUUAUACUCAUUGUUUGUGUGACUCACUGGAGAACAUUACACAUUCGUUAUGUACCAAAGAAUUUCAAUCGAGGCGUAGCAGCUAUUAUUGGUUGUGUAAUGCCUUGGAUAUCUAUUGCCCCGUACAAUGGGAAUAUGGUCGCCUGAACAUCAAUUAUACGGUGGUUUCGAAGCGCAAAAUCAAAGCAUUGAUUGAUAACAAAAUUAUCCGAGAUUGGGAUGACCCGAGACUAUUCACGCUAACAGCGCUUCGUCGCCGGGGUGUUCCUCCAGAAGCAAUAAAUAUGUUUGUGGCACGCCUUGGCUUAUCCACUGCACAGACAUCCAUUGAUCCGCAAAUGCUAGAUGCAGCAAUUCGUGAUUACUUGAAUCUAACUGCACCGAGAACAAUGGCAGUGUUGGAUCCGUUGAAAGUAACGAUCGAAAAUUUCGACGAAUUAGGUUUUGGACACUCAAUCGGUGUACCAGAUUUUCCACUAAAUCCGGACUCUGGUGGUCAUCAUUUUGUUGCCGUUGAUCGUGACAUCUACAUAGAACGUUCGGAUUAUCGAGAGGGUGAAGGUGAUAAAAAUUUCCGCCGAUUGACCAGUUCGCAGCCUGUUGGUUUGAAAUAUCUCGGGAUCGCAAUCUCUGUCACGCAUGUAUUUAAGGUUGCUUUUCUUGAAAUAGAUUCGAGCAGGAGAGGCAAAAUUAUGUAA